AUGACUAAAGGAGCUCAGACAUCACAACGCGUAGAGACUCGGCAUCGUGCGGAAGUGGCUGAUCUUGAAUUAGAGGAUGAGAAUUAUGACCCAGAGGCGGAUGAAGUUCCGUCGUUUGAUGACCACAUCGACAACUUGUUUGCUGCCCAAGAAGUCGAAGGUCAGCACAAUAACGGGAAAUGCAAAGAUACAGAUUUCUGGGAAGUUACUGUUAUCGAGGAUGGCGUGAGAAAAGCUUCUAGGCUGAGCGUGAAGGAGGCUAUAGCGCUCCCUUCCAAUAUAAAGAUAGUACUCCCAUUUAAUAAAGAGCUGCAAUUGAUUGGUCAGGCCACUGGAUUAUUCAGCGUUUUCUUAGGGAGUUUGGGUGUAGAUUAUUCCCAUUUUCCCAUAUGUGCAAACAGUUGGAAGCAUGUGAACAAAGCUAAGAAGGAACAUGCAUACAACAUAAUUAAGCGGGUCUUUCACUAUGAGAACGGUGUCGUAGGAAAAACAAAGCGCGAUAUUAUGAAGAGAAUAAGAAAGAACUGGAAGGAUACAAAGCACCACUUGUAUCAUAGGUGUUACAAAGAAAUAAAGACUUAUGAGGAAAAUCUUAAGCAUCACCCGAAAGGAAUAGAAGAAAAUGAAUGGAAAAAUUUCAUUGACUAUCGCCAGAAGGAAGAAACAAAGGAAGCAAUUGCGAAUAUUGAGAGGCAAGAUGGAUCCUCUAAGCACCUUUCACAAAAUGAUUCGCUAGCAUAA